UGCUUCUCCUUCUUCCUCCCCCUCGUUUGCCUUCAAAGGCGUCAUUGUUGCUGGAUCCAGAGCUCCAUGGCUACACCUGAAGUUUUGACCCAGCCCCAAUAAUCCAACACCACCUACCAGGUAUUUGAAAAUGAUUGACCUAAAUGAGUUGCAUGACGAUACAAACUGCGAAGCCCCUGUAAGAGAUGCCGUGGGAGCUCAAGUCCCUGCGUACUGCACGCAACCUGGUGCCUCACAAACAAUUGGGGGAUGUAAUGAAGUUGUAGUUGAAUCUCCUAAUCCCACAACUGUCCAACGUGUUGCUGCUCAACCCGAAGCCAUCCAUGCAGAUAGUGACACUUUUAAUGACACGACUAUAGUUGGUGAAACAGGGGGAACUAUUGCACAAGAUGGUUUGGGAAUAGAUAAUGAUGAUGAAGCUUGGUCCCAGCCGAAAGAACCAACCAUAGGCAUGAGGUUCAAUACUCUAGAGGGUGCCCAAGAACACUACAAUGCCUAUGCUAUGCGCCUUGGGUUUUCAAUCAAGAUGAACACCUCGAGGAAAUCUACUCUCACUGGCCAGCUGGAAAAGCAACAGUUUGUUUGCACCAAGUUCAGAAAAGCAAAAGUGGACGAUGGUGGUGCAGAAGUUGCCCCUACCCUAGAUGAGAUUCCAGAUAUUUGCGAACAUGCAGAUGAUGAUGAUGCAUAUGAUGAUAUAGUCUUCAUUGAUGAUCAGUGUGCAAAGAAGAAGAAAAGAAAGAAACGAAAACGAGAUACAAUAGUGCACACAGGGUGCAGGGCAAGGAUGGUUGUGAAGCUAAAGGAUGGUUGGUGGGAAGUCAUUUUCUUCAUUGCUGAACACAAUCAUGCACUAGUUGACAAGCCAUCACUCACAAAGUACCUGCGAUCGCACCAAGGGAUCCCUCCAGAAGAGAAGCUAUUCCUAACAAAUCUUCAUAAUUGCAAUUUGACUACAGGUGUGUGUCACGUUUACUACAUAUAUAUGCCAACUUUCAAGGAGUAGCAAAAAAUUCCUGCAUUUACUGAUUGACCAGGGCUGGCAACUUUUGGAAAAUGCUUUGAUG